AUUAACAUCAUAAUUUCAUUCCUUUAGCCUAUUUUACACAUUUCAUCAAUCUUUUCUUCAAAAUCGCCUCAACAAUGGAUGGAGGGAAGAAGACCAAGGCGUCAAAGAAGAAAGGUCCGGCCGAGGCUACGAGCUCUGCGCCUCAACCCUUUCCGUACCUUGACAGAUCUUUCCUUGAGUUUGGCUCGGAGGAAGAACUCAAUCGUUUCAUCACCCACUUCGCCAAAUGCCCCAUCUCUCCGCCAAGGGUGCUGCCAGAGUUGUUUCCCCAACAAAAAGGAUACCACGACCUCGACAAUCAACUCCAAGAGUCGAGUUUGUGGCCCUUUGUCUCCAAGAGGCGCGCCUCCUACAAUCCCGCCUUUGUCCGGGCCUUCUACUCCAAUCUACGCCGGGACGGCGAUACCAUCUACAUUAACAUCAAUCUCUACAACAUAGAGAUUGAUUUGCCUACCUUUGCUCGUGUCGCAGGGCUGCCCAUCUGCGGUGACGACAUCGCGACGUACGGUGGCGACGACUGGAUCCUCAACAACGAGGCGGUGGUCAUCCGAGAGCUUGGGAUCACCAAUCUCAUUCGCCACAGCGGCGCGCAGACGAUUCACUCGGCCCCGCCGGACAAGCGCCUCCUCCUCUACAUCAUCACCCGGAUUCUACGCCCCCGGGACUGCAGCCAUACCUCGCUCUUCAACGAAGAUUUGAAGGCAAUUCACGCCAUCACCCACGGUGCCUCCAUCAACUGGGCGAAAUUUGUCAUGAUUCACAUGCCAGAUUGCGCCUCCAUCGCCACCGAGCGGAGCUUGCCGUACGCCUUCCUCAUCAUGGACAUCAUCGUCGCCUCCGACAUCCACAUCGCCGGACUGGAUACGAAAAUGACGAAGAUUUGGGUCAUUCAAGACAGCACCUUCUAGAAGAAGUCUAGAGACAGAGACGACGCCGGACCGAGUCGUGCUCGUGCCCCAGCCCCCGCUCCCGCCCGGGCCUCUUUCCAGUCCAUAGCCGAAACCCUGAAUCGGCUAACCCUCACGGUGG